UGUGUCCCCAGGAGCAGCCCAAGAUGAAAACAGCCCUGGUCUGCCUGUGCCUGUGCCUGCUCAGCACAGCCCUCUCAACACCUGUACCACCCCCGCUGUCUGGGAGAGCUUCUGGGAACUGUGUGGGACAGCACCGGAUACUUCUGAAAGGCUGCAACGCAAAGCAUGGCUUCUACGUUUUCAAAUACGUCUACUCAUUCUCAACGCGGAGGAACCAGACGCAGAUAAAGAAAGAAGAGGCUGACCGUAAGAGUAUCAUCCCCAGCCGCCGGCUGGAUGAGGACAAUGCCAAGCAGGAGCUGCCAGAGGCCAGGACGACCCCGGAGCACAGUGACAAUAGCAGCACUGAAGCAAUAGAGAAUGUGAUUGUCCUCAGGCCUGAAAACCGCAGCACCCCAGGCACUGGCAGGGAUGCUCCCAGUCCUCGCCCUGGCACUGGCACGCGAGCGCGUGGCGGUGUCGGCGUUGCAGGUCCCACCCCGUCCAGCUCAGAGGGCAGCGGUGAUCUGGAUUUGGUGGUUGAAGUUGAUGGUGAUGUUCCCAUUAUCUCUCAGGGUGAACAGCCCAGUGAGGUUGUGGUGGGGAACAGGUCACGUAUCAGGAGUGAGGACAAGGAUGUUGGUGCCCCCAGAGUGGUUCCUGCAGAGGGGGCGAUGACAGAUGGGAGGGAGAGGGCCCCUGUCACUGGAGGGGCAGGGGAUGAGGGCAGCGGUGAGUCCACUGUCUCUGGCCAAGGGCAGGAGGGUGUCAUGCGAGGCACAGGAAUGGGAGGUGCUUCCCUUGCCUCCGUCACUGAGAAGACAGAGGACGUCCAAGUUGAUGCCACAGGUGUGGAUGAAUACGCUUACAUCCCCGACUCGGGCAGUGUCACCAUCACCCGUGGGAACCUGGGCAGCACAGCGAGGACCACCAGCUUCACCCAAGUCUCUCCAGGCAAGGAUGAUGAGGUCAACAUCUUCAUUAGGAGGGCCAAUAUCCACGUGGGGGAGCAAGAAACCACCCAGGCCGGUGCCACUGUGGGCAGUGAGGAUGACAGCACCGCCACUGCAGGAACCAGCAGGCCUCUCCCCAGGCUGGGUGUCACGGCAGCACCUGAUGGUGGUGAUGAUGACAGCACCCCUGCUCGCAGGCAGCCUGAAGGACUGGCCACCACAGCCACCCCAAGCCAUGGGGACAGCGUCACCAGCAGACCCAGGGAUGCACAUCCCACAGGAGAGGAUGAGGAAGGUGCCACCACCAUUGGUGGCUAUGGGGAAGGACUGAUGACCCCUGUCCCCUGGAGAGUCACUGGUGGUGACAUCACUGUCCCCACAGUUGCCAGCAUCCGUGGGAAAGAUGAUGAUGAGGUGAGAGGUGAGGGGCAGACGUUCAAGGGGAAGCCAGAUCAUCUGGCUACCACAACCCCCCAACAGGGGCAUGAUGAGGAGGCCACUGCCACUGUCCCAGCUGAAAGAGCCAGCAUCCAUGUGGCCACUGUCCCAGCUGAAAGAGCCAGCAUCCAUGUGGCCACUGUCCCAGCUGAAGGAGCCAGUGUCCACAUGGCGGCCACUACCACGGCCUCCCCUGGGGUGAGUGAGGGGGACUGCACCACCUCCUCAGUGACAGCCAGCAGCCGGGAGGCAGGCAGGAGCACCGUGGUGGGGAAAGGAGGGAGUCGGGAAGUGAGACCAGCCACCCCAAAGUCCCGUGGGGAGGGACAGCCUGGGGCAGGGGUGAGGGUCUGGCCAGGGGGAGCAGGACUGGACAAGACACCCAGGACAGACAAACCACCAUCCCCAAGCGGGAAAGCCAGCAGCCAGACACCGAGCAGGGCCCAGACAAAGGCUGGCAGCCGUGGUGGCGAUGCUGGGGGCAGGUCGCAUGCCACCAAAGCAGGGGGCAGCCCCACUCCACAGGCACGGCAAGACGUGGGCAGCAUGGCAUCAGGCAAGGGCCGGGAGAGGGGGCGAGGUGGCGAGACUGGGGCAGCAGUGUCAGGAGCUGGGGGUGGCCGCCUCCCUGGGCACCAUGGCAGAAAGCUGGGGACUGGGGCACCGGGGACGUUCGCAGCACUGGGCCACAGCAGACAGGUGGACCAGCUGAAGCGCGCCGAUGAACUUCACGUCCGCGAGCGGGCUUUUUACUCCCUCGGCAGGGCAGAGGGCGGCCCCCACGGCCCCUACACUGGCCUUGGGGGUGCUGACAGCAGCCAGUCCUCCGAGGGGGAGCGGGACACCCACAGUGACAGUGGACAAACAGGACUUCGGCACUCAGGGUGGGGAUCCCCAGGGUACCCCCAUGGCCGCUGGAUCCAGGGAUCUCUCUAAGGGGCUGCCGGUAUUCAUCCCGGCGAGCUCCAGCGGUGGAGCUGGGGGGUCCCACAUGUCGUGUUCCCCCCCUUGGCAUCCCCGCUGUGGCCUCUGCUCUUGCCUGGGUGAGGGGCACGUUGCGGGGGGCAAGCGGUGCUUCAUAGCCCAGGAGCCAAAAAUCACUGGUUCAUGUAAUCUGUUAAUUUGAGGGAGGCUGCAUGUGGUGCUGCAGCAGGGAUGCAUGGGUUUGCUGUGCUAGACAGCUAUGUAACAGCAGUCAUGCUACACGGCAUAGGGUAGCGCUGUUUGUGCACUGAUGUGAAGCAAGUAAAGAAACUGAGAAAAAGCCUCUGUCCUCGCGGUUUCACUUCCAGCCUACUGGAGAAAUAAAGGCAUUUCUGUACCUGA